AGUCACUUCCGCAGUUUUAUCUGGUUUCGAUCUUUAAAUCCAUCAAGUAAGCUUUCAUAUUAGUGUUUGUCUCUGUUGAAGUUGAACUCGACCGAGAGACCUUGACAGAACCGCGAAUCGAAUAUGUGUGUAUAGAUUCACACGCGAAUCGAUUAAAGCAGAGCCAUGGCUGCACUGAGAAGAGUUUUCGGGAUUUUUCUUAAAAUUGCUUGUCUUCUGUUAUUGCUGGCUGGGGUUACAGGUCUGGCUGGUUCAUUCUUGCUGCACAAAUACAGAGUUUACAGUCUGUUCUUUAGCAGCUUUUAUAUAAUUCUCCCUGCACUGCUGGCUGUUAUCGGAGGAGUCGUUCUCCUUAUCAGCGGAUGCUUUGGCUGUCUGGUGUCCAACAAAAAACCUUCAUGUCUACACGGAUUGUUUGUGUAUAUUCUCAUUAUUGUGUUUUGCAUUGUGGGUACUACUGCUGCAUUGGCUUACUCUCAUAAAAGGAAGCUUGAUGUGGACUUGGCUCCGCUUAAAGAUGUGUUUCAGAACUACAGUGGUAAUAGCCAAGAUCCUGAUACUAAAGCAGUGGAUGCCCUUCAGCGUGAGUUGCGGUGUUGUGGUGUUAACAACUACACGGACUGGUUGGAAACACCCUGGUUUAAUCACAGUAGUAAAGACGAAGUUCCUCUGAGCUGCUGCAACAAAACCUUUCACUACUGCAAUGGGACAUUACACUUCCCGGGGCUUAUCAAUAAUGAGGGCUGUCAAGUUAAACUUGAGAAGAAGUUACUACUUGUGGUGGACAGCAUUAUGAUAACUUCUUUAGUGGUUUUCUUUGUAAUGGUAAUGUCUUGGAUUGCAGUGGCACAGCUAAUGAGACAUCAACCCCCACAAGAGUAUCGAAUCCUGGACAAAGAAUAAAAGCCACUGAUGGAAUUUA